AUGAGGACAGAAAUGAAUCGGCAGGCCCUGCCCCACAGUGCUGUGGAUAUGGCAGUACACCCUGUGGAGUACAGGGACUCACAGAAACCCUCAGUACCCAGCCAUGGGCCAAAGAUGCCAUCAGGCAAAAAGGUGAAGGCUCCACGCUGUCCCCUGUCCCGGUCGUGGAAGCAGGACCAUGCGCAGACUCUGGCGGCAGCCUAUGUGCCGGUGGUGGUGGACCCCAGGGGGCAGAACCCGGACAAGUUCAGGCUCAAUUUCUACACCUCCCAGUACUCCAACACCCUGAACCCCUUCUACACCUUGCAGAAGCCUACCUGCGGCUACCUGUACCGCCGGGACACCGACCACACCCGCAAGCGCUUCGACGUGCCUCCUGCCAACCUGGUCUCGUGGUGCUCGUAG